UCUUGUUUAAUUUCGUUUUUAGGAUGAGGUUUUUUUGUUUUGUUCUGAUUUGUUCAAGUUGCUGAAUAGCCUCUCAUGAAGAAAAUUUUUAUAGAAAGUAGUGAAGGCUAUUCAACUUGUUGACAAUUUGAAAAUUGGAAGGUGGUUUGAUUGAUAAAAACUGAGUAGUGGGAAUGUUUCUGCAAAUGAGAAUGUGUGGUGCACUUUCUAAGUUACACAACUUAUGAAAAUGGCGAUAUCUGUAGGAGAUAAAGGGUACUUCCUUUAUUCUACAAAACAGCUGUUUUUGUUUUCAUCUGUUUUUUUCAUGGUCUUUGUGUUGUCACUUGCUCCUUGAUUAUUUCUUGAGGAUGGGCCAAUUAGAUAUUUAUUAUAUGAUCAGCCUUCGUGUAUCUAUGAAGUUGUUCACUAAAAAUUUCCGCCAAUCUUUUUUAGUUGUACGAAUUGUUUCAAAAUUGAGAGAGCUUUUUCGGGAGAAUUUUUGCAACUCAUAAAGAAUGGAGGUAUAAUGAAUCCUUUAAUUUGAUGUGAAAAGAUAUAACCCAUUUUGAAUAUGUUUAUCUGCUGAAGUAAGAGCUGAUUUUUUUUUGUUUUUUUAUUUUCAUUUCAAAUCAUUGAAUUUCUUGAUUUAUUGAACUUUCUUUGCCUCCAAGAAUUACUAUCCUAUCUCUUCCAACAAUUUAUCAAUAAACAGGAUUAGACCAACUAUUUUGUGAAGUUUGCACAAAUUUCUUCCUUCGGAGCCAGAAUUGUGAUUUGCAUAUGAUGAACAGCGAUCACGGUUAAAUGCUGUGGAAGAGGCGAAAGAAAAGGAAACAUCGGUUAGAAUCUCCUUGGAGAAAGAAAUUUCUUUCCAGAAGCUUGAGAUAUCCUCCACUAACCCUGAUGUGGGAUCUCGAAAUGUAGAUUUGGAUAAGGAAGCAACACAUCUUCAGACAUGUCUCUCUGAAAGGGAAGCAGAAAUGGAUCACCUUAGACAGCUUCUUGCUGAAGAGAUAAUAAGGGCAGAUGCAGGGAAUAAGGAAGCUGACUUGGAGAGGAAAAAUGUUGCUGAAUUACAGCUAUUGCUUGAAUAUGAAAAGAAUAAAUGUGAUGAAGCCAGGAAGAUGGCUGAUGCUGCUUUCUUGAAAGCUGAAGACUAUAGGGUUCAGAUUGAAACUUUGAGAGGUGAAGUUGAAAAAACAAAUUUGAAAUGGGAGCAAGUAAACAAGAAACUUGAAGCUGAAAAGAAAACUGCUAUGCAAGAGAAAACGUCUUCUGAGAAGAGAGUUAAGGAGGAAGAGUGCCAUGCUAAUAAUAUUCUACUUAAGCAGUUGGAAGAAGAAAAGAAAAAGGCUGAGAAAUUACAUAAGGAAAUACAUGAAAUCAUGUCUAAGAGAUCUAUUGAAUCUGUUGAAUUAGAUGAAGCUAAGAAAAAGUUUGAGGCUGAAAAGAAGAAAGUUGCUGAAGAGAAAAGACACAUUGAAGAAGAAAAGAUGAGAGCUGUUGAGUUAAGAAGGAUUUCAGAGGAAAACAAGAGGCUAUUUACCGAAGAAAAAUGCCGCGCUGACAACUUGUUGAUGCAGUUGGAAGAGGAGAAGCAGAAGGUUGAGAAUUUGCGAAGAGAAAUGGAGGAAGCUUUGUCGUCUCAGAUGCCUGUGGAUUUGUCUGAGCUAGAGGAGCUCAAGAGAAACCUUGAAGUGGAAAAGAAGAAAGUUGCUCAUGAGAAAAUACGUUUUGAAGAAGAAAAGAAUAGAGUUAUUGAGCUAAGAAGGAUUUCAGAGACAAACAAGGAGAGAUUUGCAGAUGAAAAAUGUCGUGCUGACAAUUUGGUAGUGCUGUUGGAAGAGGAGAAGCAGAAGCUUAAGGAAUUGAAUAGUGAAAUGCAAAAAGUUUUGUUAUCUUACAAACCUGCUGAUUCCUCUGAUUUAGAGGAGCUAAAGAGAAAUCUUGAGGAAGAAAAGAAGAAAAUAGCUCAAGAGAAAAUGCAUUUUGAAGAAGAAAAAACGAUAUUUUUGGAGCAAAGAAGGAUUGCAGAGGCUUAUGAGAAAAGUUGUGUUGAUGAAAAAUGCCGUGCUGACAACCUGUUAAUGCAGUUGGAAGAGGAGAAACAAAAGUUUGAAAAGUUGCAAAAAGAAAUACAGGAAGUGAAAUCUUCUCAAAAAGCUAAGUUUUCCGCCAAGUUAGAUGAGGUUAAGAAAAACCUUGAGUUAGAAAAGAAGAAAGUUGCUAGGGAGAGAAAACGUGCUGACCUUGAGUUAUCCAGAAAUGAAGGGCAGAAAAAGCUUGCUGAAGCCAGGCUUAAAAAUGAGAUGGAGGAAAAGGGUCGUGCUGACAAGCUAUUUAAGGAGCUAGAGAAGAGCAGAGAAAUGAUUCAGAAUUUAGAAGGGGAGCUGAAUAAGGUGACUGGUAUGCUUGAAGCUGAGAGGAAAAAGGUUUCCACGGAGAAUAGGCUUGCAGACUUGCAGAAGUUAAAGGCGGAAGAACAAGGGAAAAUUGCUAUAGCAAAUGAAAAGAGGGCUAUAGAGGAGAAGUGCCGUGGUGAUAAUUUAUCACAAGAGCUGGAUAAUGCCAAACAGAAACUUUUGAAUAUGGAAUACGAGUUACACAACAUUAAAACCUCAAGUACGUCCCCUGCUUUUGCGGUUAAUGAGCUGACUGCAAGAGUUAAUCUCUUGCAGGAACAGUUAAAGUUUGAGAAGAAGCGAGCGAAGCAUGCCAAAGAGGUUGUGAAGUUAGAAAAAGGCCGCAACACGAUCUUGGAGCAGGAGCUACAGAGAUUAAAACAUGACUUCCAGUGUUUCUUGGAUCACCUUGGUAUGCUAAGUGAUGUUUUUGGUGCAAGAAAUGUCGGGAAUCAUGUACCGCAGAAAUUCGGCCCUUCUCAAAUGAAUUUCUGUGAUGCCGAUGCACUCCGAAUGCCUUGCUUGUCAUCCAGGGAUGUUUCAUGUCUUCUUAAACCAAACAUGCGAUUUGUGCGCGCAGCGCCUCAUAUAGAAUCGACUUCUGGUAUGGAGAAUGAAUUGGAUUCUCUGCAAGGGGGUUCUCGUGGAGAUAUCUUACCAAGCUCUGCCGCUUACUCCAAUACGUCAUCUUUUUUAGAUGAACAUUUGGUAGGAUCACAGGAAAGAUUUGCUGGCUCUCUUGGUUGGUCAGCAGGGUUCUCCAUUGAGAACACAGACGAACAAAACAGCCAACAAGCACAAGUGCUCAAAUACUCUAAUGACGAGUCCUACAAACAAAUGAGUGGCAAGAAAAUAGGCGUUGUUGGUGAACAGAAUAUACUGAGCCCUCUGGAAACUUCUACUGGCCGUGCUAAAAAGAGAAGGAAGAUUUCUGAUGAUUUUGAGUCUAUCAAAUAUCUGCAUUUGGAAGGUAGAAGAAUCUAUCAGGAAGCAGAAAAAAAGCUUUUUUCUUUACACGAUAGUUUAAUCAGACCUAUUAUGAAUGAGCAGAUAGAGAAGGAACGUUUUUCACAGCCUGUCAGUAAAUCUAAUACCGGUGCCAAUCCUGGAAGGCCUUACAUUCAAAAUAAGCAAUUACUUGAACCAGAGGUAGUCCUUCAGCAAGCUGGUGAAUCUAAGGUGCAGAUGCAAGUGGCACCUGGUCUAAGUGACAAAAGGGGAAGCUCCCAGCAAUUACAUGUUGGAAGAGGCCAAAGCACACACAAUCAAGAUGCUGUGAGUAGCGUUCUGGAAGUGAUGAAUGGGGAUUACAUGAAACUACUUGAUUUGGAUGAUGAAGUUGCUGAGGAACAAUUCCGAAUGGUGAUGGAAAGGCCUCUGUCUCCAACCCUUCCCGAGUUUGGUAUUCUGGAGUUUAGUCAAAAGGUUCAAGCGCAGACUGUAUCUGAAAAUAUUGAAGCUGUGUAUCAACGUGGUUUUUCAGUACAAAAUAAAAACCAACUGUACUUUGUUUUGUUUUCUGAUAUGGAGGAUAUUGGCAGUGUAACAAGGAUAUUUUGUGCUACUAGAACCUGCGUAGAUCAAUGCUGCCUGUUUUUUCAAACAAAUUGGGCAGUUCAAGAUAUACUAGGGGUCUUACUAUUGGAGAACGAACUGACUCCCAGGGAAAAAGCCUGUGUUUUAUUUUCUCUUCUGCUACUUAAUUUUUCCGCUAUAUCAUCGAACAAGUCUGUGACCUUCCAAGUCCAAGAGCAAAUGGUUACUUUGUCUGCACAGAUGCACGCAGUGUUAAACUCUGAUACCAGAGAAAUGCUUAAAAAAAUCUGUAACCUUCAUGAUGUACUUGCAUUGGGUGAAGAAUUUGUACUGAACAGAAAAGUUUUAUCCGAUGUUGACGUGAGCGGCGAACUGCUUGUUGAUUGUGGCUCAAGUAUUGGGAUUGUACAUCAAGGGGAGAAUACUGUUUUGUGGCCUAAGAUAGCUCCAACUGAUCUGGUUGUUACUGGGAGCAGCAUAUUGGCUUCUAUCUAUAAAGCAGUUGGUCAUCUUGGCUCUUUAUGUGAAUUUUCACUCAAGUUGCUGCACAUGGGCAGAGCUGAUUAUUCUUUGGCGUUGUCAAUUCUUCAUAAUUUUGCUUGCUUAUGUGGUGAAGAUUAUUUUACCAACAGCAAUUAUUCUUCGGUUAUGAAAGUUGUUAAAUCUGUGGUGGCGUUCAUGGAGGCUUCUUUGUCCAAGGGUCCCAUUAAAGAUCUCCAAGCAGGGGAUAUUACUUGGCAUCAUUUCACAACUUGUGUCAGAUGCCCAUUCAAAGAAGGCUCUGUUACUCUUGAUGCUGUUUCUUCAGAGCUGUUGGACGAGCUACGAAGACAUCUUGUCCCUCAAAUUCCAGGUGCAACGGCUCAUUCAUUGAACAGCAAAGCUGUUUCUUGCCUUCUAAGUGAUGUCCUGUCUUCUUUGGAACUCAUUGCAUCAAUUAUGUGCUGGGACUGGGUAUGCGAGAACAUUGUACAAAAGCUAUUUCACAUGUUGGAAUUAAGUUGUCAGAAUGAAGUCUUUUCUACUGCCCUUGUGGUGCUUCUCGGUUAUAUCGGGAGACUGGGAGUUGAAGCACGUGGCUAUAAUGACGCUGGAGUUGAGGGUAUAAGACACCAUUUGUUAGGUCUUUUAUGUCAGGCUACCACAUCGAAGUGUGAUUCAGCUGUACCAAUGGCCAUCCUUUAUGGAGUGACUGGGCUUUGUCCGAAAGGUCAUGAGAUUUUUCAGAAGGUUUAUGAUGUAAUUCAUUCAUCCAAAGAUUGGCAUUCUGCAUCAUCUCCAUCUGAUGAUAUUGUAAGCAAAUUUCUUUCAUCUCUUAGCAGCAAACAAGCAACCUCCUUGGCUAGUCUAUUGAGUUUUGAUUCAGGACUAGCUGCAUAGUUCAUGUUGCCUACAUGUUGUAAGUAGGGCGAUUUUGCAUUUUUACUGGUAGUUUUAUCUUUUACGUGUAAUCUACGGUAUAAGUUAUAGAAUGAGAUCUCUUGAUUUUGUAACUGAUCGAGUUUUAUUUUGACUAGAUGUUAGGUUCUAGCUUGAGCAAAUAGGCUCCCGAAAGAAUUGACAUAAAGAUGUCAGAUCAAGAUUUUUAACAUUGUAUGGUUUUUCGAACAUGCUCCUUGUUUUUGUUCCGAGGGAUGCUUGGUAUAAUGCUAUACAAUGAAAAAGAGUAAAUAUGAGAACUUCUGAUUCCA